AUGGACCGUCUGGAUAGCUCGAGCACGUCUCGUGGAAGAGGCAAGAAUAAAAGGAAUUGGUCUUCUGAUGAGGACGACGAGCUUAUUAAAGCUUUGUAUGAGUUAUCUUUGGACCCGAGGUGGAAAGCUGAUGGUGCCUUCAAGGGUGGAUACCUGGGGAUAUUGGAAAAGCAUCUUGUUGAAAAGUGUCCAGGCCGUGGUAUCACUGCAUCUCCGCACAUUGAAUCAAGAGUGAGGCACUUCAGGAAGAAAUUUGGUGCCGUUGAAGUAAUGCUAUCCAAAAGUGGAUUCACAUGGGAUGGAAGUCGAAAGAUGAUUCAGUGCGAGAAGGCACAAUAUGAAGCUCAUUGUCAGAUUCACAAGGAGGCUAAGGGAUUGUAUGGUGUAGCAUUUCCAUACUUUGAACAAUUGGCUGCUAUCUAUGACAAAGACAUUGCAACAGGAGAAAAUGCGGAAGGCUUUGGAGAGACAGUGGGAAACUUGGAGAAGGAAAUUGCUAUGGAGGAAGAAGAAAAUGAGGAAGAGGACAUGAUCUCAAUAGGAACAGCUCGACGGUCCAUUGACACUUGCUCUAUUGAUACAACUAGUUCGAACAGGCAGAAAAAGGAGCCAAGGCCAAAGAGGGCGACGGGACCAAGCGAUCCAUUUGCAGCCAUGCUUCAAGAUGUUAAUAGCCAGCUGAACAGCAUGACACAAUGUGGGUGCAAUGGCAACAUCAUUUACAGUAGCAAUGGCACAAUAAGAAGCAGAAGAAGACCCUCAACAGAAAUCAAGAGAAAAUGCAAUUAG